UCUUGGCUAGUCUUUAUAUUUGCAUGCGAGAGCAUAGUCUAUACCAAAGUAAAUCUAAAUCAUUUAGUGAUGAUAAUGACACGUCUAACCCUUCUUUUAUAGAUUGCAAUCACAAGCUGUGUUUUUCUUGUUUUUGUUCAUGCUCAAGACCAAUCUGGUUUUAUUAGUAUCGAUUGUGGGAUACCAGAUGAUUCAAGCUACACUGAUGAGAAAACAAACAUGAAAUACGUUUCGGAUUUGGGUUUUGUUGAGUCUGGAACAAGCCAUAGCAUAGUUUCAGACCUACAAACAACUUCUCUCGAAAGACAGUUCCAAAACGUGAGAAGCUUCCCUGAAGGUAAGAGAAACUGCUACAACAUAAAACCUCAACAAGGGAAAGGUUUCAAGUAUCUGAUCAGAACACGUUUCAUGUAUGGGAACUAUGAUAAUAUUAGUAGAACACCAGAGUUUGAUCUUUAUCUUGGAGUCAAUCUAUGGGAAACUGUUGUUCUUGUCAAUGAAACGGCUAUAGUAACCAAAGAGAUCAUUUACACUCCUCCGUUAGACCAUAUUCAUGUCUGUGUUGUUGAUAAAAACAAAGGAACUCCGUUUCUGUCUGUCUUGGAAGUAAGGUUUGUGAAGAACAACACGUACGACACUCCGUAUGAAGCUCUUAUGCUUGGUCGGAGAUGGGACUUUGGCACAACAAGCAACCUUCAAGUCAGGUACAAGGAUGAUUUUUUUGAUCGGAUAUGGAUGCCUUACAAGUCUAACAUGAAGAUUCUGAAUACAUCCCUCACCAUCGAUGAAACUAACCACAACGGGUUCAGACCUGCGAGUAUAGUCAUGAGAACUGCGAUAUCACCAGGAAACGAAAGCAACCCGUUGACGCUUACAUGGUCACCGGAUGACCCGAGGUCGAAGUUUUACGUAUACAUGCAUUUCGCUGAAGUUCAAAAGCUGCAAAGCAACGAGACAAGAGAGUUCGAUAUAUACGUGAAUGAUGAUCUACUUGCCGAGAAUUUCCGACCGUUCUACUUGUUUACAGACACACGCUCCACUCCAGAGCCUGUCGGGAGAACGAAGAAUGAGAUUGUCAUAAGGAAAACAGAUUUAUCUACUCUUCCACCGAUCAUCAACGCUAUUGAGAUUUAUCAGAUCAAUGAGUUCCUUCAGUUACCAACAGAUCAACAAGAUGUUGAUACCAUGAUGAAGAUUAAGAUGAAGUAUGGAGUGAAAAAGAAGAACUGGCAAGGAGAUCCAUGUGUUCCAGUGGACUAUUCUUGGGAAGGUCUUGAAUGUCUCCACAGUGAUAACAAUACUUCUCCAAGACUCAUUUCUCUGAACUUAACCUCUAGUGCAUUGACUGGAGAGAUUGAUCCAGCUUUCGCAAACCUAACAUCAAUAAACAAAUUGGACUUAUCAAACAAUAGCUUAACGGGAGAAGUACCUGACUUCCUCACCAGUUUAGUAAACUUGACUGUAUUAAACUUGGAAGGAAACAAGUUAAUUGGUUCCAUUCCAGCCAAACUGCUGGAGAAAUCAAAAGAUGGGUCUCUUUUAUUAAGAUAUGGUGGAAACCCUGGUCUUUGUCAGUCUUCUUCAUGUCAACCAACAACAAAGAAGAAGAAGAGUGGUUUCAUCGUCCCACUAGUAGCAGCAGUCCUAGUUCUUCUCGUUCUUUUGAUCGUAUUAGCUUUAUUCUGCCAUUUCAAGAGAAGAUCUCGAAGAGGUGCAAUCUCAAAAAAAAUGUCUACUAAUGGUGUCAACACCGGACCACUGGACAUAGCCAAAAGAUACUUUAACUACGUAGAAGUUGUCGAUUUCACAAACAACUUCGAGAGAGUUCUUGGCAAAGGAGGCUUCGGUAAAGUGUACCAUGGUAUUUUUAAUGGAGAUCAAGUCGCUGUCAAAGUACUUUCCGAAGAGUCUGCGCAAGGCUACAAAGAGUUUCGAGCUGAGGUUGAGCUUCUGAUGAGAGUCCAUCACACAAACUUGACAUCUCUUAUAGGAUACUGCAACGAAGACAACCACAUGUCGCUAAUCUACGAGUACAUGGCUAAUGGAAACUUAGGAGACUAUUUGUCAGGCAAAAGUUCAUUAAUAUUGAGCUGGGAAGAGAGGUUACAGAUAUCAUUAGAUGCAGCACAAGGUCUAGAGUAUCUCCAUUAUGGUUGCAAGCCUCCCAUAGUUCACAGAGAUGUGAAGCCAACUAACAUCUUACUCAACGAGAAGCUUCAAGCCAAGAUAGCUGACUUUGGCUUAUCUAGAAGCUUUCCGGUCGAAGGGACCAGUCAAGUCUCCACCGUUGUCGCUGGAACCAUCGGUUACUUAGACCCCGAGUACUAUACAACGAGACAAAUGAAUGAGAAAAGUGAUGUUUACAGUUUCGGAGUGGUUCUUCUUGAAGUGGUAACAGGAAAACCGGCAAUCUCACGUUCGAGAACACAGAGCGUGCAUCUAAGUGAUGUGGUUGGUUCAAUGCUGGCCAGUGGAGACAUAAGAGGCAUUGUGGAUCAACGUUUGGGAGGUAGAUUUGAGGCUGGCACGGCUUGGAAGAUCACGGAAAUAGCAUUGGCUUGUGCCUCUGAGAGUUCUGCACAGAGACCAACGAUGAGUCAAGUCGUUAUGGAGCUGAAACAGAGUGUUGUUGGGAGGGUGACGACAGAUGGAAAUAGUCAUAGGGAUCCUGUAAGAAUGGUUACGAUGAAUCUUGAUACUGAAAUGGUUCCUAAAGCGAGGUAAAGAUGGAUCUUGUGGAUUGAUUAAGAAGAAAC